AGGAUCAGUUUUGGUGUUUCAGCACUGGACAGCUCUCCACAUGUGCAUUUUGUGUGACAAUCUGUCUCAGCUGAUGGGAAGCCGGAACAUGUAGGACUUAGUUCCGCAGCAUCCGUAACCACAAGCGUCGCCAAAGUGGAGCCUCAAACGAUGACCAUCCCUGAGUUCCUCCUAGAAGUGUCUAUAGUGGUGAUGGCUGUUGUCUCCUUGGUGACCAACAUGUCAGUGCUACUGUGUUUCACCCAGAGCUCAGAGUUGAGGUCCCACGUCCCGGGAAUCUUUGUUCUGAACCUGUCUUUCUCCAACAUCCUCCUCGCUUUCAUAAACAUGCCUUCCACAUUUUUUGGAGUGGCCAAAAGCCGAGAGCCCUUUGGGAACUUGUUCUGCCAAAUGGUCAGCUUUGCUGAGACUUUUCUCACCACCAACAGCAUGCUGAGCAUGGCGGCACUCAGCCUGGACAGGUGGAUCGCUGUCAUGUUUCCUCUGAGCUAUUCCAGCAAGAUGCGCUACCGGGAUGCUAUCCUGAUGGUGGUCUACUCCUGGCUACAGUCCCUCACCUUCUCUCUUACUCAGCUCCUCAUGGACUGGGGAGGCUACAGCCAUACGUACGCCUCAUGCACCGUUCACCUGGCCACGGAGGGAAGGUCGCAGCUGGCCGCCUAUGCCACCUUCACCGUGCUCCUCCAUUGCAGCAGCUUUACUUUCAGCCUGGCCGUGCUUUGUUUCUCCUACCUCAAAGUUUUGAGAGUGGCUAAGUCCCACUGCAAGAGGAUAGACGUCAUCACAGUGCAGACUCUGCUGCUGUUGGUCGACAUUCACCCCAGUGUGAAAGAAAGAUGUCUGUCAGAACAAAAGAAGAGGAGACAGCGGGCCACGAAGAAAAUUUGCAUCUUCAUUGGCUCGUUCAUUUUCUGCUUUUCACCAUAUGUCAUAACAAGGUUAGCGGAAUUGUUGCCCUCGGUGCACAUCCCACGGUACUGGGGCAUCAUGAGCAAAUGUCUGUGCUACGCGAAGGCUUCAAGCGAUCCAUUUGUCUACUGCCUAUUGCGGCACCAGUACAGAAAGGUCCUGGUUCGUGUCAUCGGCCGCUUUGUGCGAAAGGAUCAUUACCUGCUUUCCGCCAGCAGCUGGAGCAGUACAUUUGACACCACAGAAGACACUUGCGCUCGAAAAACAUGA